AUGGUGGAAGUCACGCCCUUAGAGUCGAAAAUCAUCAAGCAAGUCGAGUAUUACUUUGGAGAUGUUAAUCUAUCACGUGAUAAAUUCCUGAGAGAAGCUAUUAAGCAAAAUGAUGGCUGGGUUUCUAUGGAUACAAUGUUGAAAUUUAAACGGCUUAAGUCUCUUUCGGAAGAUGCUGAGUUCAUCAAAAAGUCUUUGUCCAAAUCCGACUCUGGAUUGAUCGAAGUUGGAGCUGAUGGUGUCCGUAGAAAUCCUGAAUUGAAAGUUCCUGAAACUCUUCAAUCGACUAUGGAGAAUUACAAAGAUAACAGUGUAUACGUCAAAGGAUUUAAUUCUGAUGAACAACUGGAUGUGAUUAUUGAAUGGCUUGAAAAGCAUGGGGGGAAAACAUUGGAUGUACACAUGCGUAGAUAUCCUCGUGACAAGAAAUUCAAGGGAAGUGUGUCCGCAAUAUUUGAGAAGAAAGAAGAUGCUGAUAAAUUCUUAGCUUCUGAAGAAGCUGCAACUUUCAAGGAUAAAGAAAUGACGCGAUUGACUCAAAGUGAAUACAGGAAACGUAAACAAGAAGAAAAAGAUGCUAAAUUGGCUUCCCAAGCUAAACGACAAGCGGCGUUCGAAGCAAAUCAGGAAGCUCAGUUGAAUUCCCGUAUGAUUCCUGGAGCAUUGCUUGAGAUAACUGGUCUUCCAGAGGCUUCAAAAAAAACAACUGAGGCCAAAAGUGACGAUGCUGAAAAACCAAACGAGAAGGAGGAGACUGAGGAGAAGGAGAAAGAAUCCACAGAAGCAGAUUCUUGCAAAAAUGGUCACGAAGAUGAGGAAAUGCCGUCAGUGAUGAAUUUGAAACAAUGGUUGGCUGAAAAGUUGGAUUCAAGUAUGACUGUUGGAUGGAUUGAUAUUGAACCGGCUGAGGGGAAAGCAAUAGUCCGUUUCAAGCAACCGAAUACAGCUGAAAAAGCAUUGGCCAAACUGAAAGAAGCCUCUGGUGGUGACGACUGCCCUGUCAAGUAUAUGAAUAGUGAACUGUCAUUCCGUGUACUAACUGGUGAUGAAGAGAAGGAAAGGUGGAAGGUGAUAUUAGCAGCUCAACAACAUAAAGCGCAGAAACGUCGCGGAAGUGGACGGGGUGGUGGAAGGCACAUGGCCAACAAACGACGUCGUACAAACUGA